AUGUACGCAGCGGUCGUGUUGGCAGCCCUGUGCUGGGUAGUGCAGGUUGCACACUCUAGACCGGACUUUGGUCUCGAGGGUUCGGUGCCCGGGACAAAUCGGAUCACCCGACAAGCGAUACUGGCGCAGCAGCACUUUCUGACCGUCGAUGACUACAUUUUGCCGGAUCUGCGCUCCGACGUUACUAAGCUGAAGGAAGCGGCCGUCAUUCUGCGGGCAAUCGGCCAUCAGGUGAACAACUUGGGUCCGGUACUGAUGGACGCCAUAUCGACGGCCGUCAACGACGACAGCGGUGAUAUUGGGCAGGUUUUCGAACUAGUCAGUUAUGCACGGUUGGCGUUCGUAAGCUAUAUCAACGGUGCCCUGUCGCAACAGGAGACAAGCCUAACGGCGUUGCUCCAACAGUACGUCAGUGAUCAGUUGCAGGACGACUUUUUCCACAUCAUGGCGCAGCUCAUAGUGAUGGGCAAUACGUUCGAUCAGCUACAGGUGGCCGUCCAGGCGGCCUACAAUGCGGCCGGCGGUGGCCCUGUAUCGGCCCAGCUCGUGCAACAGUACAUCUCUGUGAAUCUGGUGACUACGUUGAGCCAAACCCUUUCUGCGCUUGCGUACCGCAUUCCGGUCCUGACAUACACGAUCACCUCGUCGCUCGAGGACAUCCAACAAGCGGAUGACUACGUGUAUGGUCUCGCCGCGGACAGUGAGCGUGUGGCGCAGGAAAUAGCCGAAUCGGGUGCGGACUUUUACCAGCAGGUGUCCUCGUACGCAACGGACGUGUCCAGCGCUAUGAACGCACUGGUGGCCAGUUUUACUCCGUCGCUGACUAACGCACUGGCAACGGCUACGGCGUACCCCGAUCCGUCUUUACAGGUUCCCAUCGGCCAGCUGGCCACUCUGGUGCAGACUACGCUGGCGGCGACGGUAGCGUCAUUUAACUCCGCCUAUGACGCGAAGAUCCAAUACCUCUCCACGUUGCUGCCGAUCAACACGACCGAUGUAACUCCGCCCGAAAGUGAUCCGCUCACCGUCCUCGUCGAUGUGCUGAUUGCGAACUGGAGGUACUCGCGUUACUGCUUCUGGAAGUACUCGGGCGUCCUGUAUAACACACUGCUCGUGUCCAACGGUGCCGGCGAGUGCUACGACCGCGAGGUAGAACGGUUGGCCAAGCUUAAGCAGGCGCUUCUGCUCGAGAUCGACCUCCUGGCGUUCAACUUGGAGAUUGUGGAACCAUUCGUAGCUACCUGCCUGUUUCUCCCGGCGUCGGCUGCCUCACGCGUUCCGGGGUGUAUUCAAGAGCUUGCCCAGUACUUUGCCAACAUUUACAACGCCUUCACGCCUCGGUUGGCCAGCUUCACCGCGUUGGCCGCUAUCGAACUGGACGCCAGCGAGCAGCGACUGUCCGUGUGUUGGGCGACCCGCACCCAGGAGGUACAGUUCACCCUCCAGCAGCUAGUACCGCCGAUAAACAGCUGUGCCAUAGAUGGACCGAAUGCGAGCUAUUAA